CGUAAAUAAUAUUCAUGAGACAAUCCUUCACCAUAGUAGGUUAAAGAAAUUCGGGUCUUCUUUCGCUAAAGAUGGCCACUAGUCCUAAAAGACCAUCACUGGGGGCAGUAGCCCAUCGUAAAAAAGUAAAUCCAAAGCCUGAACUGACUGAGGAGCAAAGACAGGAGAUCCGAGAGGCGUUUGAGCUGUUUGACACUGAUGGCUCUGGUUACAUUGAAGUGAAAGAGUUAAAGGUGGCCAUGCGAGCAUUAGGUUUUGAGCCUAAAAAGGAGGAAAUCAAGAAAAUGAUUACCGAGGUGGAUAAAGAUGCUACUGGCAAGAUCACUUUCAACGAUUUUCUGACAGUUAUGACACAAAAAAUGGCUGAUAAGGACUCUAAGGAAGAAAUUCUUAAAGCAUUUCGGCUGUUUGACGAUGAUGAGACAGGAAAAAUAUCUUUCCGGAAUCUAAAGCGAGUGGCCAAAGAACUGGGGGAGAACCUCACAGACGAAGAGCUACAGGAAAUGAUUGAUGAAGCAGACAGAGAUGGCGAUGGGGAAGUUAACCAACAAGAAUUUCUUCGCAUCAUGAAGAAAACAAGUUUGUACUGACUGCCACCAUAAGCACAGGAAAUGUUCAUUGCUAUAUAAAUAUCGUACCUUUUUAUGAUUUCACAGUUUUAUGCACUCCAUUCCAAAACCUUGAUGCCUGUCAUCCCCGGGGGUAAUUUCAGGUCCAUGGAUGUUUGCCAAAUAGCAAAGACAUCAACUGUUUACAGACAAUAUAUUUAAACCUUAGCAUUAAAUCUACAUCAUAAAUCAGUAGCAUAUAUCAGAUUUAUAUGAAGGUGCAGUAUGUGCUCAAAUAUUCUUUGAAACAGUGAUUAUAAUAUGAGUUUAUGCCUUAGGGAUUUUUAAUGUUCAAAUAUAUAUAUAUAUAUCUUUUUUUUAUUUUUUUAUAUGAUUAUAUCACCAAUUUAACAAUCUAAAUGGUCUAUAUAUAAGCCUAUAUUGUACAUUAACAAUUGCUUCAGUUGACUUUAGCAUCAGUGUUUUGUAGGCUUUAUAAUACUUUGCGCUUUCAGGGAUGUUUGUAGUGUACCUUUCUCUGUACCUCGGCUUGUAAAGAGAUCUCAGCAGUUUAAGUGAAUAUAAUGUCAUCCUGUGGUUGUAUUUUUCCUAUUUGCACAUGUCUCUCUCAAACUGGUUUCAGAUGUUUUGCACUUGAUAACAACUGACAUGCUAUUUAAGUAUUAUUUAAAGUUGAGUAAAAUAUA